AUGUCGGGAAACGACAAAAAAGAGGAAAAGGUAAAGGAAAAAGAGAAAGAGAAAGAGAAAGAGAAAGAGAAAGAGAAAGAGAAAGAGAAAGAGAAAGAGGAAGAUGCGACGCAUUUCGAGCUCAUCGCCCAGCAAUCGAUUCGAGUUCUUCCCAAAAUGACGGUCACCGAAGAAGGUCUGCACAUUUUCAGUUUUUCAUCAGCUCUCCAAUUCCAGACAAGGGCGAAAAGUUGUCGGAAUGCACGGAUCGCGAGUGGGACGCUUCGGACGAGCCGUUCUCCGCCGAGCUGCUGAACGUGAAGAACGCGCCGAACCGGGUGUCCGUGUUCAGCGGUCCGUGCCGGUCGAAGGAGAUCGUCGAGACGAUCACCAAGACGAAGCCGCCCGCGCCGAUCGUCGUCGCCGCUCCCGAUGAUCGCGCCGACCGACUCGCUCAGAUGAUGGGGCGCAUUUUCAGCGAGAUAAUCGACGGGCGGGAUCUCUCGCAAAUCAAGGUUCAUUUGUGCAUUAAUGGGCAAGAAUAAUAACGAAAUAUUGCGAAAAUUACAGGUGACAAUCAGCACGAGGAGGGAAAAACAACAGUGA